AUGGCAACUUCCCACCUGUUGCUGCUGGGACUUUGUGUGACUAUGUUCUUGGUCACUGAAGGGAUUCCUCGUGGUUUCACUCCAGCUCAGUGGUUCAAUGAGCAGCAUGUGCAGUAUCCCAAGACUAGGGCCCCCAGUGACAAUGUAUAUUGCAACAAUGAGAUGAGACGACUCAAUCGGCAUCUCCAUCUGUGCAAACGCUUCAACAGCUUCCUGGACUACCCACUUAACAAUGUCAUCAUGGUUUGUUCCGGGUCCAACAUCACCUGUAAGAAUGGAGUGGAUAAGAACUGCUAUAAUAGUACAACAGCUGUUCCCAUCACAGACUGUCAAUUGACCGGUGGAACUAAUCCCAACUGCCGCUACAGUGGAGGAUCUAAACAGGCAUACUUUGUUGUUGCCUGCGAUCCCCCCAAGCCAGCAGACAGCAGUUCAAAAAGUUUGCUUCCUGUGCAUUUGGAUAGCACUUAG